AUGGUGGUCGUAACAGGGCUGGAAAUKCAGGGGUUGGUGCUGGGACUGUGGGCCUCUGAGAAAACAGGAACCCAGCCCUGGGAACUGGGGCUGGGUCUGGUGUUUGUUCCCUACUCCGCACCUCGUGGUCUGGUGCUGGGACCGGCCAAUGGGAUCUGGAUUGGUGCUGGGACUGGUUCUGGAUCUGCAGAAGGGAGGAAGAACAACUUGAGAAGCAAGCAGGCACAAAAGGAGCCCUWGAACCAGGGAAAGCUUGCUGCAGCGAUUCCAGCCUCAAGAAGAGCACUGUCAAACACAUUGGGUACUCACUCCCGAUGUGCAUCAUAUAUCCGUGCCACCCACAAAGAGUACGUGUUACGUAGUUUCAGCUCAUCCCAAAUGCCAGAAACUGAUGURUCUUACGAAACAUUAAAGAAACUACUCGCAACCCGAACAAGUGUAGUAAUAGUUGUCCGGGAGCCGUGGGAACUCCGAGAGUACGGACACAUCCCGGGGUCAAUCAACGUACCUCUGGGACAUGUGAACAUUGCCCUCCAGCUGAACCCUGAGGAGUUCAAGGAGAAGUAUGGUGGAGACAUGCCCCAGCCGACAGACCACAUUGUCUUUUCCUGCCUGGCUGGGAUCAGGAGCCAAAAAACCCUAGACCAAGCCGUCUCUCUAGGAUAUAAAGACGUACAACGCUAUGCAGGGGGGUGGCAAGAUUGGGCAAAAUGUGAACAGGAAAGCUGA